AUGGCAGGCACAAUAGGAAGAAACCUCAAUCUGUGCUUCACUAAGAUCAAACGUCCACCACCACCUGAUGAUCAAUCCUCCUCUGCCCUACUAACACCAGAUGAUCACAGCCAUCCAUUCCUCAUAAAAAACUAUAAUUCCCUCUAUGACCCCACCAUUGACUCCGCCUCCACCUCCACCUCUGGCAGCUCGUCCUCCUCCUCUGAACCUGACUUCGCCACCGUCUACGCCUCUCAUCGCUUCUUCUUCUCUUCCCCUGGCCGCUCCAACUCCAUCAUUGAAUCUACACCGUCUAUUGUCACUUCCACAGAAUCAUCAGACAACCUAGUAGCUUCACAAUCUGAAAUCAAUGCUCUGAUAACGGAUCCCUCCAAUGAUAAGUCUUUGUUAGUUGAUAGUUGUUGUAAUAAUACCCAUCCUUUACAUGAUCAAAAACCACCCCAAUUAUUAAAAUCCCCAACCGUUAAAGACAGUGUGGCUGUCCCCACCUACUCACCGGACCCGUACAUGGAUUUCCGGCGAUCCAUGCAGGAGAUGGUGGAGGCAAGUGACUUGGUAGAUGUCAAGGCUAAUUGGGAGUAUUUGCACGAGCUACUAUCGUGUUAUCUUGCUCUUAAUCCUAAGAGUAAUCACAAGUUCAUCGUUGCAGCUUUUUCAGAUCUUCUUGUUAGUCUUUUGUCAUCGCAAAUGACGGAAGGUGGUGGCCCCCGGAAAGAGGAUUUUCCCUCCGGUAGUCGUGGGAUUUCGCGGCAUUGA